AUGCUGCUCGUCAUCCUCUUUGUCGGGCUGCCCAAGUUUGUCAGGACCCACGCCGAGAAAUUCGAGGCUGCCGCCUGCAUCGAUGUCGAGGAUGCGGACAAGCUGGCCGCUGCAGACCAGUUUGGCAUGGGCCUAGCGAUCAUGAACUCGACGGUCAUGGUGAGCUUCGGCGUCCUCCUGUUUGUGUGCUACCGCCGCGUCUUGCGCGCCUACGAGCCGCGCAAACUCCUGGACUGGCACCGCGAGUACCUGGUGGAGAGAGAGAGACAGGUGCUGCGCGCCCGCAGAGGGCCGCACCCGGGCGCGGACUGCGCGGAGGAGGAGGACUCCACGGGGUGA